UUUUUAUUGUACACGGUUGGGCGCUCUCUUUGGAAAGUUCAAAGGCGUGAGUAAAUGAAGCGUCUGGGUAAAAAUAAAAAAAGGCGGUGGCAACACUGCUACAAAGAUCUUCAGUCAGAACUACAGAAUGCUAUUCUUCAUAAGAGCAUCAUUAACCAGGGCUUCACUGAAGUAUCAGAUGCAGUUCAAAAGAAAUGCCAUAUCGUGAAGGGUGACAAGGAUUCUGCCAAGCAAUUUCGCGAAAUAUCCACUGCACAAGAUAAAAGACCUUAUGUUGCACGACCCGCUGUCCAAAAAACACGUUCUCUGGAGAAAGACGUCUGGCAAGAUUGUUCCAAUGAGUGUCCGUUCCUCAUAAAAUCCCACGAUUUGAAAGAAGUAGAAGCGAACGUAAUAAACACUUCUCUGCCAUGUGCAGGCCAGUCAUACAAUCCAACAAGGAGUGACCAUUUGUCACUUAUCUCACGGAUAAAAACUAUUGAGUCUGUUAAGCGUAAACGUGAAUUAAAAACGGAGCGUUUUGUUGAAAGUCUCAAGGGUGCCAAAGUGACGCAAAAUCCUGUAGUAGAUAUGAGGAGAUUCUUACAUUCGUUGAACACUGAAGUUCCUAUGGGAAGUGGUCAUGAAACUUCAGAGGUUUUGUUGCUAAAGAAAAAGCCUAAGAAGGUGAAUGUUGAGAAAAGGAUGAAGAAUGAUCUUGAAAAUUUGCCAAAAUUGCUCAAGGAAAUCAAACGUGAGGACAAGUCCAGAAAAGUGCGUAAGAUAACAAAAAAGCCAAGCAGGAGAUUCGCAGCAAACUAAAGAACACUGAUCUGGAUAUCCCGUUUCACUUACCCAAGGAAAUUCCGUCAUCAUUAAGAAAGCUCUGUCCUGAAGGUUAUCUUAUCCAUGAAAUUGAACGUCGGCGGAAUAAGUGCCCACGUGCUCGAAAAACACUGGGAAAUAAACGAAACAGAACGUCUUUUGAACGUAAUCGUCAGACGAACAUCCCCUUGUAACUGUAAUCUAUUCUUUUGUAAAUAUAAUUUUUAUAACUCGA